AUGGGGCGAGCUGGUGCAGGAUCCGAAUGCUCCUCCCUGGUGGUUGACCCAGCAGAGGGCUGGGAUGCAAACGGAGGAGAUGGGGAAUAUUAUGGUGUGGCUCCUCAUCGGUUCGAUUUUGGACCAGGGAAGAAGUGGGAUCCACGUGAUUGGUCCAGAGAAGAAGCUUUCCGCAGAGCUGAACCGUGGAGGUUUCAACAGAGGGACGUUGAGUCUGGUGAAGACCCGUGGGCUAAGCACAACCGAAGGGAGCAGUAUGAUGGUGGCAGGUAUGAUCGGAGAGGUGACAUCGAGCAGGAUGGUUCUGGCCACGGUGGCCGAGCUUACCAGACGGUUGCGGUGGCACAAAGGGACGAGGAGGCUUACUGGCAGGCUAGGAAGGAACCGAGAGACUUAGAUCCUAAGUUUGACAGAGGUUCUGGUUCCAAGGGUGACACGGGUGGGGCUCGGAAAGGAGGAGUGGAUAGAGAGAGGUCUGACUAUCAGGACGAAGCAGCUGGGUUUCGAAGGCGAGAAGUUGGUGUUGGGGGAGAGCCUAUGUCGCAGGAGAGACGCGGGGCGGAUGGGAAGGGGGAGCAGCAUGUUCCUGACAUGACCAAGAGGGAUGUGGAGGUGGAUUCCCCUUUCCCCGCGCAGCCCCCCGAAGCUGUUGGCGGAGCGGAAAACUUCCCUGCGCAACCUUUCGCGCAGCCUUUUGCUGAUCCUUUGGCGCAGCCGCAGAUGGCGGAGAGGGAGGCGGAGCCCUCCGCCGACCGAGACUCCGCGGGCGCAGUUCCCGCGCCCGCCGCCGCUGCUCCGCAGCCCCACCACCCGCUGCAGCAACCACCGGCGCACGGCGCCGCGCUGCAAUACUCCGCGCUGCCGCACGACGCGCAAGCCGCGCAGGCCGGCGGCGGCGGCUCCCGCGAGGGCUCGCGCGAGCGGGAGCGGGAGACGGAAGGCGAGGCGCUGUCGGUGCGGUUCAACCAGGACUUCACGUGCUUCGCGUGCGGGACGCGCGGCGGCUUCCGCGUGUUCUGCUGCGACCCGCUGUGGGAGACGAUUCGGCGCGACUUCGACGGGCGCGGCGUGGGCAUGGUGGAGAUGCUGUUUCGCUGCAACUUCCUCGCGUUCGUGGGCGGCGGUUCCAACCCGUGCUACCCGCCUAACAAGGCAAUGAUCUGGGACGACAGCCACAGCCGGUGCAUCGGGGAGCUCACCUUCCGCAGUGAAGUGAGGAGCGUGCGGCUGAGGAGGGACCGCAUCGUGGUGGUGCUGGAGCACAAGGUCUACGUUUACAACUUUGCUGACUUGAAACUGCUUCACCAGGUGGAAACGCUGUCCAACCCCAAGGGGCUGUGCGAGGUGUCCCAGUCGCCCAACAGCUUCGUCAUGGCUUGCCCUGGCAAGCACCGGCAGCAGAUCCGCAUUGAGCUGUUUGACCAACGUCGCACGCAUUUCAUCGCAGCGCACGACUCGGAGCCCGCCUGCAUCGCGCUCUCUCUAGACGGGCAGCGCCUGGCCACGGCCAGCAGCAAGGGCACGCUGAUAAGAGUGUUCAACACAGCUGAUGGCGCCAAGCUGCACGAGGUGAGGAGUGGGGUGUGA